AUAUAAACCCACGUUUCCUGAAGCACGUCCAUGGCAGAGGCGGCCAUGGCGGUGGGCGGCCCACCAUCGCCCUUUCCUGCCACCGCUCUCCCUCCCUCCCUCCGUUACGUCAUGAUCGCCACCGCAGCAUCGAUCGGCAUCUCUCUCUCUCUCCAUUUCCAACCAUUUUAUAUGCCGCGGCCUCCGCCUCCAUCCAACACUACUCCAUUCCUUUUCCUUGAGAUCAAAGCCGCAUCAUGCUUUCUCUGUACUCUCUCACUGCAGCGUACUAAACUAGCCCACUGACCGCCCCAAAACGAGCAAGAUAUGGCUGGCCAAAGGCAGGAUCUUCCUUUUCGCUUUCCUCUUCCGCCUCGCUCUCCGCCGUCUGCUGAAAGAUAUGCAUCAUUGGGCGUGUAGAAAGAUUCCAGCAGCGAUAACAGAGUGAGUGGGAGCAGAGGAAGAGGAGAGGCGGUCGCACUGAGACUCCACCACCACCCUGCCACCUCCGACAUUGCUGUAAGCAUUGAGCUCAGGUUCAUCACUGCUUGUCGCUUGGCUCUGUGGAAAGCUCCGAACUUUUUCGUUCUUUGAGGUGAUCUUCGCUCAUCCAUCGUUUGCGUAGCUGGACGUCGAGUCAAAGAUGGAGACUACCGCCGCGAGGAAGGAGCAGCCUACAGGUGGCGGAGACAGAGGAGGGAAUUGAUUUUGCUUGAAUUUUCCGCUCUUUCAUCGGGCAAAACCCUCACUCUCCCUGUCGUUUGUGGCGAAGGUUGGCAGGCACGAGACGACGAUCAUUGCCUCUGCAUCGCCAUCUGUGAAUUGGUUUUGUAGCUUUUGAGAGGGAGAGCUCGAGUCGAUCGCGAUGGGCCGAGCGACGAGGUGGCUGAGGAGUGUUCUGUGGGGGAAGAAGGAGGCGAAGGCGGGCGGGAAAGACAAUGCCAGCAUCAAUGGCUACGAGGUCAAGGAGCGGAAGAGAUGGAGCUUCGCCAUCGCCAACGUCAAGCUCCGGCAGGAGGAGAGCACGGGACGACAGAGUCCCUUAUCGGCGACGGACGUGGCGUGGCUGAGUUCCUUCUACGACGAGAGCGAGGAGGAGGGGAAACACGCGAUCGCGGUGGCCGUCGCCACCGCGGCCGCCGCCAGCGCUGCCGUGUCGUCCGCCCAGGCGGCGGUGUGGCGGCUCCAGAGACUGGAUAGGCAGCCGAGGGCAUUGCUGCAGGGGAGCUACGCCUGGUGGGCCGCCGUCAAGAUCCAAACCGCCUUCAGGGGUCACUUGGCGAAGAAAGCUCUUCGGGCACUCAAAGCCCUGGUGAAGUUGCAGGCCCUCGUCCGAGGCUACCUCGUGAGGAAACAAGCCGCCGUGGCCCUCCGCAGACUGCAAGCUCUCGUGAGAGUUCAGUCCCAUGCAUGGCCGCCUCAACAGAGGAGCCCAAGACUCCCACAACAGUUCUGCCACAGAAGAUCCUACCAGGAUAGAAUCAGUACAAGGCGCAAGCAGAUGGGAACAGAGCCGAGAUCCGGUCUCGAUCGGAGCCCAAAGAUCGUCGAGAUGGACACUCACCAACUCAAGUCAAAAUCGUUCAGGCGAGCAACUUCCAACUGUAACGCGCGGGAGCAGCAGCAGCAGCAGCACCCUGACAGAUCACCCUUCACCCAGAACUGCCAUGGCCACUGGCCGGAAACUCCAAGCCGCCUGAGCCACAUGGCGAAGACGACGUCCUUCGCCGCGAAAGUAAGGACGCAGAGUGUACCAAAACAGAGCAGUAAGGCGCUAAGGGACUACUACUUGGACAGCAUGUGGUGAUAGGAUGCAGUAGAAGGAUGGUUCUUCACGCCAUUGAGAAUCUCUAAUUUCUGAGACUGAAGGAACGUGUAGAUUCUCCUUGUUUGAUUUGAAUCUGUAUGCAACUGUUUUUUCUCCUUAGCCUCUUUGUUUCAGAAACCCAAUUGAAUCCGCCAAUUGAAAAUGGAUGAGCUUUUCGCACAGUUU